AUGUGUUGUCAAUGGAGGACUUUCAAAGACAAUUAUAGCCAGUUCAAUGAAAGAAGUUUGACUCGGCCAAUGAGUGCGAAUCCAAGUCUUAUUCCCAUUCCGAGGUUAAACAUACCAUCGGAGUCAGUUAGCACAACGUCUUCUGUAUCGGAUGAUGCUCCGCCUAUAGCUGUUAAGAAAGACGUUGAAGAUACUGUGGCAGUAGAUGAAAAAGAAGCCGAAGUUGAAACAUGUGGGUUUAAUCUACAGGCUCUGAAUGCAGAGCAAACAUCUUUGUCAUGGACCUGUGAUGCCUUUAGCAAGGAAUCUGACCAUAUGGGAACGGGAUGGAUGAUAGAAUACUCGAAAACAGUUGCAGCUGCUAAUCUAGUACGUGACAAAAAAGGGAUAUUGGAAGCACGCCAGAAGUUUCCGUCGAAGCAUAUCAGCGCACUGGAUGUGGAACUCGCCAGAAUUCUACACACUCACGAAGCUGAAACACAAAGAAUGGCUUCGCCUUUUAUAACCUAA